AGAGUAGAACAAAGUGAAAGUAGUGAAGAAGUAACUUCAUCUAGUGAAAGUAGUGGCAAUGAAGGAAAAAGAAGAGUUAAAAACUCAGUCAGGAAGAAAGUAAAGCUUGGUACGAGUGGGUUCUAUUAUGACAUAUAA